CCGUAAGAUAUUCUUCCUCUCGAUUCCUCGACACAAGCUUUUUGCGGAAGAUGUCGAACGACGCGGAUGGAGUGUCCGAAGAUGUGAAGGAAGAGAUGGAAAUUCCAUCAACGGGAUUGAAAGAGAGGAAACUCUCGCGAGAGAAGUUGCGUAGAUACGAUUCUUGGGACGUGGAAGCAGCUACAUACUCUCGGGGCCAUGGCUCCAAGAACGUUGCUUGGGCGACGAUCCUACAUCUAGCCUUCCAGAGCAUUGGAAUUGUAUACGGUGAUAUCGGCACUUCUCCAUUAUACGUGUUCCCAAGCGCCUUCGCCAACACUAACGGAAUCCAGCACAACGAUGAUAUCUUGGGUGUGCUGUCCUUGAUCUUCUAUACCAUCACUUUGCUUCCAUUAAUCAAGUAUGUCUUCAUCGUCCUCCAUGCCAACGACAACGGGGAUGGUGGGACAUUCGCAUUGUAUUCGCUGAUCUGCCGUUAUGUUAAGGUCAGUCUAAUUCCAAGCCAGCAAGCUGAAGAUAGAGAAGUUUCGAAUUUCCGUCUUGAAUUGCCGAGCAAUCGUCUUCGCCGAGCAUCAAAGCUGAAAUCUACGUUGGAGAAGAGCCCAUUCGCGAAAUAUCUUCUACUAUUCGUCACCAUGCUUGGAACUUCUAUGGUGAUUGGCGAUGGAAUCCUCACUCCAUGCAUCUCAGUGUUAUCUUCGGUGGGAGGGAUAAAGGAAGCUACAAGUGCAAUGACUGAAGGAAGGAUUGUAUGGAUAUCAGUCGGCAUCUUGAUCUGUCUAUUCUUAGUUCAGAGAUUUGGAACUGAUAAGGUGGGCUACAGCUUCGCGCCUAUCAUCAUCGUGUGGUUCCUAAUGAUAGGUGGCAUCGGCAUUUACAACUUUGCCAAAUACGAUCCGUCCGUUGUCAAAGCUCUCAAUCCAAAAUGCAUCAUUGAUUAUUUCAGGAGAAACAAGAAAGAUGCUUGGGUUUCUCUCGGUGGCACCGUACUCGCCAUCACCGGAACUGAAGCAAUGUUUGCCGACCUUGGGCACUUCACAGUCCGUUCCAUACAAAUAAGCAUGUGCUCAGUAACAUUCCCAUCUGUCGUUUUAGCAUAUAUGGGCCAAGCAUCAUAUCUUCGUCUGCACAACGGCGACGUUGGAGAAGCCUUCUAUCGGUCCAUACCAGAUCAUUUAUAUUGGCCCAUGUUUGUGGUGGCCGUCUUAGCGUCAAUCAUCGCCAGUCAGGCCAUGAUCUCCGGCACCUUCUCCAUCAUCCAACAGUCCCUAUCACUCGGCUGCUUCCCUCUAGUUAAGAUCGUCCAUACGUCCUCCAAGUAUGAGGGCCAGGUUUACAUACCUGAGGUCAAUUACCUUCUCAUGUUCGCAUGCAUCGCAGUUACUGCCGGAUUCAAGACGACGGUGAAGAUCGGCAAUGCAUACGGGAUUGCUGUCGUGUUCGUGAUGACUUUAACAUCUGCAAUGCUGGUGCUGAUAAUGGUAAUGAUAUGGAAGACCCACAUCAUCUUCGUGAUCUUAUACAUCCUGAUCAUCGGCUCUGUCGAACUACUCUACCUCAGCUCCGUCCUUUACAAAUUCGAUCAAGGAGGCUACCUCCCGCUAGCCUUCGCUGCAUUCCUUGUAUUCGUAAUGUGUGUAUGGAACUAUGUAUACCGAAAGAAGUACAGCUACGAGCUCCAAAACAAGGUCUCGCCAGACAAGAUACAGGAGAUAGCUACCGACCCCAGCUUCCGCCGCUUGCCAGGGAUUGCACUAUUCUACUCUGAGCUCGUCCAAGGGAUCCCGCCCAUCUUCAAGCAAUAUAUCGCCAAUGUGCCAGCAUUGCAUUCUGUGCUAGUGUUUGUAUCAGUCAAGUCGCUCCCUAUAAGCAAGGUCUUGCCUGAUGAACGGUUCCUGUUUCGCCGCGUGGGCCAGGGCGAGCUAGCUGUGUUCAGGUGCGUGGUGCGGUAUGGGUACAAGGACACACAGAACGAGUAUGAAUCUUUUGAGGCUGCAUUGGUGGACCGGCUGAAGGAGUUCAUCAGAGAUGAGAUGAGGGCCCCACCAAUGGCAGUGGCUCACCAUGGUGGGGAGAAUGGUGGUGUAACACCAAUGGUGGUGGGGCAACAUGAUGAGGAGAAUGGUAGUGCAACACCAAUGGUGGGCGAUGAUGGUAUAAUGGAGGGAGGAGACGCAGAGGAAGAGAAGAAGAGAUUGGUGGAGUUUGUGGAGAGAGAGAUGAAUGAAGGAGUAGUGCAUUUGCUAGGAGAGAGUGAGGUGGUAGCAAGAAGAGGGAGUGGUAUUGGGAGGAGGGUUUUGAUUGACUAUGCUUACAAUGCCCUAAGAAGGAAUCUGAGGCAAAGGGAUGAAGUUUUUGAGAUUCCUCACAAGCGUUUGUUGAAGGUAGGAAUGACAUAUGAGCUUUAGAAAGAAGAUUUAAAUGAGUGGUUCCCCAUGAUCUGGGCCGUUCCUUAAAUGGGUCCCUCCAUGAACGUGCCGUGGCCUGAAAACUAGUCUAGUUUGCUAAUCAAGCGGGCCACAACUGCAUCAGUCGAACUUGCGUUGCAUGGCCUUCAUGGUCAGUUGGACGGACUGAUAUUUUGAGCCAUGGCACAUUUCGUGUAGACCCCACCUAAUGGAUAGCAAAGAUCUUGUGAGUGAAUCAUUUAUCCAAACUUGACUUGUGUGAAUCUGUUUUAGCAUUUUCUCAAAAGAUAAAAUAAGUCUAGAAUCUUAUAUAUACAGAUGGAAGAAUAAAAACUUGUAUAAAAUAGCUGCAAUUUAAAGAUAUGUUAGUUGUGAGUAAAUAUAUGAAAUACGAGGAUUUGAUGAUUCUCAACCGUGUUAUCGUGGUGUA